CACAACUUUUCUCAAACCCGGAUCGAAUAGAGCCACAAGGAACGAUCAAAAUGUCUCGAUUAUCCCCCUCCCUCAAAGCACUCAUCAACUCCCCCGCGUCACGCCCACACCCCCUCCCAGCCCCGCGCAACAUCGAAUCCGUGUACGCGAAGAUCCAACAAAGCGCGCAAGCAAAUGGCCUGUCGCAGCCCUCAUGGCUUGCUCUAUCGACAGCAACAACCAUCACCAUGAACUCCCCGGACUCCCUACCCAUCCUCUACCAGCUAGCCACCACCUCCGCCCCCAACCCAAUCUCCCCCCCCUCGGAAGCACAAUCCAUCCAAACCGCCGAACUCAUCCGCGAAACUGCCCUAAAAUGCAUCAGCUUCAACGGCAUCCCCCGCACGAUCAACAGCCUCAACGCCUUCCGCGCCUCGUUGCCCGCCAGCAUCACCGCCUCCCUCUCCAUCACGCCCACCCGCGAACCCAAUCCCGAAAACAUCACGGACAUCCACUCCCGCGGCUGCGCCCUCUGGGACUCCAUCUACCGGCCCUUCGAGACCAGACUUUACGACAAGCUGGCCGCCGCCCACCCGGACCUUCCCGUGCACAUCCUGAAUAUGAACUACGGGGCGCUGCUGGCGGAUCCGCCAUCCGGCCAGAAAUUGGUGGGGCGGGUGUUGACCUCGUUGGUGGCUGUUGCGUGUCUACGCGCGCAGACGGGCGUGGCGCCCCAGCUCGUGUCGCAUGUGUUUGGGCUCCGGAAGGCGGUGGAGGAUGGGUCGUGGAGGGAGGAUUGUCUGGAGAAGGGGGAGGUGGAGUGGUUGGCGAGCGAGGAGGGGUGUGCUUGGGUGUUGGAGAGUGUGGAUGAGAUUGUCAAGGCUAUUGGUGGCGGGGAGGCGAGUUUUGCUGCUGCGGGUAGAGAAGGGAAGUUGUAGGUUGUGGGCUGUGUCUGUGGUAUGUUGAACACAAGGGUUGUGGUCAAGUAGAGGGGGUUGUAUAUACUGUGGUAGAAGGGUGUUUUGUACAGUACAGCAGUUGUAUAUCCGGCUUAGAGAGAUAUAUGUAUAGGCCUUGCAUAGUGG